GCCCCUUUCUCCAUGCCUUUCUCCCUUCGGUACCCUUCUCAAUCGCAGUGAAGCCUAGUCGUCGUUCUCUGCAGCUUGAUUGCCUCUCAAGGCAUGCCCGGAUGGAGAGUGUGCCCACCCAAUCGACAUUCCCUCCGUGGGCGCUAAGAGUACUUUGCAUUGGCCUCCUCCUCACCCUGCUGAGCCUUCCCCCCCUCUCAUCAGCCGUGGUGAACCGCAAUCGCAUCAGUGAUGUGCACCAGCAUCGCACACAGCACCAGCAGCAGUGGGUGGCCCCCCACGCCGCGAUGACCAGCGAGAGGAAGUACCUGCACACACAGCAGCAUCGCAGCGGGGCCCGGCAGGCCGUCCUAUCCUUUGUCGAGGGCCUCAGGAAGGCCAAGACCACCUCCAUGUUGACCAUUAUUGGGGGCGUGCUGGCGGGGCUGGUGGUCAUAUUGGUGGUGGCGUAUGCAUGCUCGCCGGGACAGAGAGAAAAGCGAAAAAAGAAGAAACUCAAGAGCCUCGCAGCGGCGCAGGAACAGGCCGUAAGCUUGACAGGGAACAAGGGCAUUCGCGUGCACACCACUGCAAUGUGGUUUGCAGUGGGGCCUGCUCUGCAUGCGUCUGUGUUUGUCAUCAAUUAGGCGUUGUUGGCUGGGACGGAUUGGCAACAGUUUUUCGACACUGAGGGGCGAGCGUAUUACUUCAACGAGGUGACGGGCCACACCCAGUGGGAGCAUCCCGUCACCAAGUCUGUCAUCCAAGUGUCGAAGGAGGACGCUGCCGCAUUCAACGCUUCUGUGGCCUCUGGCACUGGCUGACCAUCCAUCUAUCUGGGUAAGACUGGGGGAUUUGCAUACAGUUUCCAUGGCUGUUGCUGCCCUUGUUGUAUGCUUGUGGCCUCUGCAGUUGUCUGCCUGGCAGAAGGGUCCUGUAGCAAUAUAUAGC